AUGUCCAUGGAUACCCAGCUUGUUGAGCGUGCCGAGUCCCUGAUAUUAGGCGCAGGGCGUCAAUAUGGCAUCAAUUCCGAACGUGAUUCUGUUCGACGCGCCUUGAGGGACCCGGAUCACGGUCCUGCCUUUGCGCAAUGGGCGAUCAAUCAUCUCGGCCCAGACAACCUUCUCACGCCAGAUGAGAUGUCAACCUAUACUACGUUGGAUAAGACUGGGCAAGUAGAUAAGCUUGCAGCGCUACAUGACCUGGCCGAGGUUCAAGCCGUGAGCGAGGACGACAUCAGGAUUGCUAUAGAUGAGCUGAACCGAUCGACUGAAGCGAUCACCAAGCAAACCGAAACGUUGCGGCAGCAGCAAGAUGCAUUUUCACGCUUAAUUAAGAAAGCCUCCGAUAGCUCCGCCCGCAGAGAAACAUUUGAAGUUGAGCGGCAGCGGAAAGCAAACACGGAACACAAAUAUGUCUCUGCAGAGGUCGAGGAUCUAGCACAGAGCGUGGGCUUUCGUGUAUCCGAGCUGAAGCAACAAGGAGAUGAAUCUGGUCGCAACUUGAGUGCGACGGUCGAGGGCAUACUUGCAUCAGAUGACAAGCUACUAUCAAGUCUACAGAAACUUGGAUGGGAACUGGAUCAGCAAGAUCCCGAAGAAGCUGGCAAGAUUGACAAGCUUCGGGAAAUCAGUAUAAGGUUGAUUAAAAUCACGGUCGAAACUCUGCGCACAAAAUUGGACAGAGUCUACCUCGAUGCGCUGACCAAUGCUGAGCGGUCUGGUGAGGCUCGAGCAACAACGGGAGAGGAAGUGAGGGCGUUGGAAGAGGAGCUGGAAUCUCUCUAUUCCGAGAUCUUUCCUGUAGCCCAGAUGUCCGUUGAACAACAGUAUCUGGAUCCUGCUUCCAAGUCAAUUGGCGGCCGAAGUGGCCAGAGCAUGCAGCGAUCUGUAGCUGCUUUUACCUACAUUUUACAAUGCCUCGAUUAUCUAAAUGACCGCGGCGAGCGGUUGAAGCAAGCCAUCGAUACCUUUAGGUCUCAUCAAGCUACCUCGACGUCCAUAAUCAGCAUGGCCAAGGACGAGUUGUCAGCACCCGACCAUAAGCCCAGACGGUCGAUGAAACCAAUCGUACCCAUAUCUCCAGUUCGCAAAGCUCCAACUGCCCGCCCACGGGGAAACACAGACUCUCGCUCACGAAGACGGUCCUCUGGCAUCAUGGACGAGCCCCCGGUCGAGACCCUUCUUCAAAAUCUUGCGAUUCUGUUUCCAAUUGAAGCCGAGACGUUCAGCGACGCAAAGAUUGCCGUACUUAAGAGGGUCCUCGCGGAACGAACCACUAAAGAAAACGAUGUUGCACUCAGCCUCCAAGAGAGUUUUGAAGCAACCGCAUCAUCACAUCUAAAUGAUGUCGCCCUAGCUAUCCAGCUCUUGAAAGAUACCGUCUUGGCUGAGAGCCCCUACAACGAGGUCAAGCUCGUGGACUCAGAUAUAGAGUCUUCUAUAUCCGUUCUACGGAGCGAGGUGCGGCAAGUUGUUGAUGGACUCGAGCGAGCUGAUGCGAAGAAAAUGGCCAUCAAGAGGAGUGAAAAGAAGGAGGAGUUUUUACGAAGACCAAUCCUCUUCCGCCCUGAUGCGAAACGCUGGAUAGCGCCCGCCGCUGAGGAUGCUGCGGAACUGGCCUUCAGGUUCCACCAAACUCUUCCUCAGUAUCAGCCUUCACCACUGGUGUCGCUGGACAAGGUUGCUGAGGAACUUGGUCUCGGCGCCAUCUUUGUGAAAUACGAGGGUAAUCGCUUUGAUCUUCCGUCAUUCAAAAUUCUAGGCGCCUCGUGGGGUACUUUCCGUGUAGUGUGCCAGAAACUUGGAAUUGGAGCGGAAGCAAGCCUCGAGACAGUGACGAAGGCCUUAGCUCAUGAGAACUUCACCCUCUACGCCGCCACCGAUGGCAAUCACGGGCGGGCAGUAGGUCGCAUGGGCGCGAUCCUCGGCAUUCCUGUCGAGAUCCAUAUCCCUGCAAGCAUGCCUCAGCCUACGGUCGAGCUCAUCGAAAAAGAAGGUGCUCGGAUUGUCCGCUCUAAUGGGAACUAUGAUGAUGCGAUUGCCGCUGCUUAUGCCGCAGCGACAUCGACGUCCCAAGGUCUAUUUAUUCAAGAUACCGCCUUUAGUGGCUAUGAGGAAAUACCUACGUGGAUUGUCCAGGGCUAUCAAACCAUGAUGUUAGAGCUGGACAGCCAGUUGGGAGGUCGUAACGCUGACCUUGUUAUAUGCCCGGUCGGUGUUGGAUCUUUUGCUCAGGCAGUUGUCUCGCAUGUGAAGCAAGACGGCAGAGCCACGUCUAUGGUGACUGUUGAGCCAGAUAGCGCCGCUUGCUUGUGGAAGUGCUUGCGCAAGGACCAAUUUGCCCCAAUUGACACUUCGCCUACCAUCAUGGCAGGUCUGGACUGUGGUACAGUUUCCACGACUGCAUGGCCGCUUCUCCAGAGUGGCGUCGAUGCCAGUUUGACGGUAUCUGAUUAUGAGUCACAUGUGGCAGUAGAGGAGCUUAAGGCAAUGGGCGUCCUCGCUGGUCCAUGUGGCGCAUCACCUUUGGCGGCUCUUCGUCGUCUUAGCGACCAAGAUAAAGAAAGCCUCGGUCUUACCAAGAGUUCAACUGUUGUUUUACUCUGCACCGAAGGCUCGCGAGAAUACAAUGUUCCUCUCGAUGUUUCUUCUGAUGAUCCCGUUGCUCUAACACAAACGCUGGUUCAAAUUGAUUCGUCCAACCCAAGUUUGGGUUCCACGCCCGGACCUGGUGAAACUGCCGUGGCUCGAUAUAUCACACACUGGCUAGAGCACCGCGAUAUUGAGAAUCACCUGGUAGAGCCAACACGCGGUCGUCCAUCCAUCGUGGGUGUCGUUCGUGGAAGCGGUGGAGGGAAAAGUCUCAUGUUCAAUGGCCACAUUGACACAGUCACAAUACUGGGUUACGACGGAGAUCCGCUAAGCGGCAAGAUUGCAGAUGGGAGACUCUACGGCCGUGGAUCUGCGGACAUGAAAUGUGGUGUGGCAGCUGCCAUGGUAGCACUAGCAAGAUCAAAAACGCUGGGUCUGCGUGGUGAUGUUAUUUUUACGGGAGUUUCUGACGAAGAAGCAGCAAGCAUUGGGACAGAAGAAGUCCUAGCGGCUGGUUGGAGAGCUGACGGUGCGGUUGUCAGUGAGCCCACUAAUCUCAGAAUUGUCAACUCCCAUAAAGGUUUUGUUUGGAUCGAGGUUGAUAUCCACGGAGUUGCGGCGCAUGGGUCUCGUGCAGACCUGGGAGUUGAUGCCAUCUGCAAGGCCGGUUAUUUCCUCGUUGCUCUAGAUCAAUAUGCCAAACGCCUGGAGGCGAACGUCAUUGAUCCCAAAGUCGGUCCUGCCUCAGUGCAUGCAUCGUUGAUCAAAGGCGGGGAGGAAGCUUCAUCCUAUCCAGCUCGAUGCACAAUAACGAUUGAGCGCCGAACGAUUGCAGGCGAGACAGCCGGUCAAGUCGAGCAGGAGAUCCGGUCUCUGUUGGAGAAAAUUGCAAGCCAGGAUACCCAAUUCAAGUACGAUCUACGGGUCACCUUCGAGCGCUCUCCCUAUUCUCUGGCCUCGGAUCAUCCGUUCGCCGCGUUAGUCCAUCACCAUGUUGAACAGUCCCUAGGAGGGAACGUAUCCUUCCAUGGAGAUACAUUCUGGACGGACUGCGCCCUACUUGCGGACGCUGGGAUACCCGCGCUUCUCUGGGGACCACUCGGGGAAGGCUUGCAUGCGAAGGAAGAAUGGGUAGACGUGGCGUCAAUCCAGACUGUGUCUCAGACUUUGACUUCGAUUGCUCGCGAUUUCUGUAGUUAG